ACCCUAUGUCACAAUCCCGAUUUUAACAAAGCCGCUUCGGGCUUCACCAUGGACAUUGUACGCAUGCAAAUCAUGGUAGUCGUCACGCCCAAGGCCAUCCAGCCACUCACAAGUGCACUCCUAAGUCUAUCAAACAGAUACCACUUCAGGCAAGCAUCCUGCUUCACCCUCCCCAUAAUCAAACAGCGCAUCGCCGACCUCCAAAAAAAGGACGCCGGCCACCCCGACUACACCACCUGGACCGAACCCCAAGACUUCUUCACCUGGACCUACCGCACCGCGCAAUCCGAAAACCGCCCGGAGGAAAUGCAACCCGACCGCAUCGCCCUCCGCACAAUGGGCAUCCUCUUCGCAAGCCACACCACCGUAAUGACAAUCUACGACUCCAUAAUCAACAUCCUGCACGCCGGCCAGCACACCAUCCGCCUCCUCCGCGAGGAAUCGCACCGCAUCCUCCGCGAAGAAGGCGGCAACUACACCCGCCAAGGCCUCUCCCGCAUGCAUCGCCUCGACUCCGCCAUCCGCGAAGCCCAGCGCAAAUCCCCCAUCGGCCUUACCCUCUCCGCCCGCAAAAUCGUAGCCCGUAAGGGCGUCACAGCGCCCAAUGGCGUGCAUUUUCCGUACGGCACCCUGCUGUCGUGUCCCUGGAUGCCGAUUGCGGGUGACGAAACGAUUUACGAUAAUGCGGGUGAAUACGAUGCGUUUCGGUAUUCGCGGCCGAUGGAAGAGUAUGAGGGGUUAGGGGAGGAGGAGAAGAAGGAAGUGGAUUUGUUGAGGAUUAAGCAAAAGGCAUUAGUUACGACGAGUUUUGAGCAUUUGCAGUUUGGGCAUGGGAGACAUGCUUGUCCCGGUCGCUUUUUGGCUGCGCACGAACUCAAAAUCAUACUCUCGUAUUUGCUGCUGCAUUAUGACUUCAAGCCUUUGGCUGGAGGACCGAAGAUUCUAUGGGUUAUUAGGUAUCAUGUCCCGCUUCCGGUGCAGAUUGAGACGAGGAGGCGCAAGGCGGUGUGGACACCUGAGGAUGAGUGA